CGCUGGGGCCGUGGAGGCUGCUGGGAGAAUGGGUCUCCUUCGCUCUUCCCCAAUUGUGUGGGGCAGUUAGGGACGCGGGCGUCGCUGCAAAACCGAAGUCGCCGAGUGAUGAUGUUGUGAAGUCGCUCGCCUGUCUCUGCCACACCCGGGCGGUUACUGGCAGCGGCGGCCGCUUCGGCUGCAGCUCUCAGGCUGCUACCGGUUUAGAUCCUUUCCUUGAGGGAGCGCGGGAGGAGGACGGAGGACGGAGGACGUCGGGGCAUUCCUAUUUUUAUUCAUUGUUGAAGGAGCCAUAAAAAAGAACAAACAUUUGAGUAUAGUUGACCCUUGAACAACAUGGAGGAUAGGAGUGCCUAUCCCCUGCACAGUCAGAAAUCCAGAGUGACUGUACCUGUUGGAGACAAGGGAAACAAAAGCAAAAAAUGAGCUAUUGGGACCUCAUCAAGAUAAAAAGCUUCUGCACAGUGAAGGAAACAACAAAACUAAAAGGCAACCAAUGGACUGGGAGAGGAUAUUUGCAAAUGACAUAUCAGAUAAAGGGUCAUGACUCGCCAGAGUAUGAUAAUCACAUGAGAACACUCAUUGCUGCAGAUGUCAUUUGACUCAUCAGAAAAAAUCUGUUUAAAAGAAAAUAUCUAUGCGACCAGAUCCAUUUCAUUUUUGAAUGGCUUGAUGGAUUUCCUUUACUCUGAUUCACACCAAAGCUGUCCUUAUCAACCAAAGCAAGAAAGGAUCCUGCAUGAGUCAAUCACAGAAUGCCAUUUUUACAUCACCAACAGGUGAAGAAAACCUCAUGAAUAGCAAUCACAGAGACUCAGAGAGUAUCACUGAUGUCUGCUCCAAUGAGGAUCUCCCUGAAGUUGAGCUGGUAAGUCUGCUAGAAGAACAGCUACCCCAGUAUAAGCUAAGAGUGGACUCUCUAUUUCUAUAUGAAAAUGAAGACUGGACUCGGUCCCCACACCAGCAGCAGCAUGCAUCUGAUGCCCUCUCUCCAGUCCUUGCUGAAGAGACUUUCCAUUAUAUGAUUCUAGGCACAGACAGGGUGGAGCAGAUGACCAAAACUUACAAUGACAUCGACAUGGUUACACACCUCCUGGCAGAGAGGGAUCGUGAUCUGGAACUAGCUGCUCGAAUUGGACAAGCUCUCUUAAAACGGAACCAUGUCUUGUCUGAGCAGAAUGAAGCUCUGGAGGAGCAACUGGGACAAGCCUUUGAUCAAGUUAAUCAACUGCAGCAUGAGCUGUCCAAGAAAGAUGAAUUACUUCGAAUUGUCUCUAUUGCCUCUGAAGAGAGUGAAACUGAUUCCAGCUGUUCUACACCUCUUCGGCUCAAUGAGUCCUUUAGCUUAUCUCAAGGUUUGUUGCAGUUGGACAUGCUACAAGAAAAACUCAAGGAACUGGAAGAGGAGAAUAUGGUUCUUCGAUCCAAGGCUUGUCACAUAAAGACAGAAACUAUUACCUAUGAAGAGAAGGAACAACAACUUGUCAAUGACUGUGUUAAAGAACUUCGUGAAACAAAUGCUCAAAUGUCCAGAAUGACUGAAGAAUUAUCUGGGAAGAGUGAUGAACUGAUUCGGUACCAAGAAGAGAUCUCCUCUCUCUUGUCUCAAAUUGUCGAUCUUCAGCAUAAAGUUAAAGAACAUGUGAUUGAGAAGGAGGAACUGAGACUUCACCUACAAGCUUCCAAAGAUGCCCAAAGACAACUGACAAUGGAGCUGCAUGAGUUACAAGACAGGAAUAUGGAGUGUCUGGGAAUGUUACAUGAGUCCCAAGAGGAAAUAAAGGAACUUCGUAGUAGAUCUGGUCCUGCUGCUCAUCUUUACUUUUCACAGUCAUAUGGAGCUUUUUCUGGGGAAUCCCUGGCAGCUGAGAUUGAGGGGACCAUGCGUAAAAAGUUGAGUUUGGAUGAGGAAUCUUCUCUCUUCAAACAAAAAGCCCAACAGAAACGGGUAUUUGAUACUGUCAAGGUUGCCAAUGACACACGGGGCCGCUCUAUCCCAUUCCCAGCUCUGCUGCCCAUUCCAGGGUCCAACCGUUCAAGUGUCAUCAUGACAGCAAAACCUUUUGAGUCUGGUUUGCAACAAACAGAGGACAAAACCCUCCUGAACCAGGGGGGCAACUCAGAAGAGGUUUCAGAGAACAUUCAGAAGCUGGGUCAACCAGGACCCUCUGAAGAUAGUGAUUUGGCUACAGCACUGCAUCGCCUUAGUCUGCGGCGACAGAACUACUUAAGUGAAAAGCAGUUCUUUGCUGAAGAAUGGGAACGGAAGAUCCAGGUUCUGGCUGACCAGAAAGAAGGGGUUAGUGGCUGUGGCACCCCCACAGAGAGCCUUGCCUCUCUGUACACCGACCAGUCAGAGAUCACAGACCUCAGCAGUGCCAGUUGCCUUCGAGGUUUUAUGCCUGAGAAAUUACAAAUUGUCAAGCCACUUGAAGGAUCACAAACUUUGCACCACUGGCAGCAGCUUGCUCAACCAAAUUUAGGAACCAUUCUUGACCCACGACCAGGUGUCAUCACUAAAGGCUUUACCCAGUUGCCCAAGGAUGCCAUCUAUCACCUCUCAGAUUUAGAAGAGGAUGAAGAGGAAGGUAUCACUUUUCAAGUGGAACAGAACCCUUCAAUAUCCAAGCCAGUAACAGGAAUCUUCCUUCCACCCAUUACUUCAGCUAGUGGUCCAGUUACAGUUGCAACUUCAAACCCAGGAAAGUGUCUGUCAUGCACAAACUCGACAUUCACCUUCACUACCUGUAGGAUAUUGCAUCCUUCUGAUAUCACUCAGGUUACCCCCAGUUCUGGGUUCCCUUCAUUAUCCUGUGGAAGUGCUGGUAGCAGUUCAUCAAACACAGCGGUGAAUUCUCCUGCUAUGUCCUAUAGACUCAGCAUUGGUGAAUCUAUUACCAACAGACGAGAUUCUACUAUAACAUUCAGCAGCACCAUGAGCUUGGCCAAACUUCUACAGGAACGAGGCAUUUCUGCUAAAGUGUAUCACAGCCCAAUUUCAGAGAACGCCCUCUUCCAGCCUGUCCCUAAAUCCCUGGCUAUUCCUUCCACACCACCAAAUUCACCAUCUCACUCACCCUGCCCUUCUCCUUUACCCUUUGAGCCUCGAGUGCAUCUCUCUGAAAAUUUUUUGGCCUCCCGACCAGCUGAAACAUUCCUCCAGGAGAUGUAUGGUUUGAGACCUUCCCGGAAUCCUCCUGAUGUUGGCCAGUUGAAGAUGAACUUAGUGGACAGGCUGAAGAGACUGGGGAUAGCCAGAGUAAUCAAAACCCCUAAUGCACAGGAAAAUGGAAGAAGCCAAGAGGCAGAAAUUGGUCUUCAAAGACCAGACUCUGCUAUUUAUUUAAAUUCAGGUAGCAAUUUAUUGAGUGGACUGAGGAGGAAUCAGAGUCUUCCAGUCAUGAUGGGUAGCUUUGGCACGCCUGUAUGCACAUCCUCGCCAAAAAUGGAUGUCCUGAAGGAAGACUGAAGUUCAGCAAUUAACUGAUCUCUUAAACAAAUUAGCACAUGAAGGAUAGAUUUGCACUGAUACAUGUAGUCUGGUCUGACUGAGAGACAAGGAAUGUUGCAGAUGGAUUGUGAAUGUGGAAAGGGGAAGUGGAAGAAUGGAAACAAAAUUGAGAUGAGCCCCUAAUGAAUGAGGUCUAAUAAAUUGCAAGUAUAGAUGAAUGAGUCAUGAGUGUUUGGAGGCAGAAAAGGAAGAAAGGUUUAAUAUACUCCUUCAGUUGAAUGUUCCUAUCUUGAAAAUAAAAAGUGACUAGACAAUAAAUUCAGUAAUACCGAAAUAUGCCAGAGAUACUAAACUUGCUAGAACAUUUAUUCCUAGUAAACAAAAGCAGGAAGAACCCAGGUUAGGAGAUGGGAAGAAAAAGGGAGCAGCCUUGACCAUUGCCUAUAAAAAGCUGUACUGCAGGGUUGUUGAGGUAAGCCCUGUCUGUUACUGAGACAAGGAAGAUGCUUUUAUGUUUUACCCUGUUAAUGUCUGGAUAAAUUACAUAUCCAUCAAAUGGUAUGUACACAGCAUUAGCAAGCAAGGAAUUUUAUCUUUUUCAUAAAAUCAGAAUAGUGGAGACUCUCUUUUUGCUUUCCAUUUUCAAGGCUUUGAGCCACUGGGAGCCCAAACCACCCAAAUUCCUUUUGUAUUUGUGAUUAAUAAAAAUUCAUUUUUAAAUUUGUAUUUUUAUACAACACCUCCCAAAAAACAACAUGAAUUGGGGGAUAAGGAUGUCCUUUAAGAAGGAAAAUAUGGGUAAGUUGGAACCAAGGAAACUUGUUUUCAAAAUAUUUUAUUUAGAUAAGUACAGUGGCCAAGAAAUAUGAACAUAAUUACAUGGCUUUCAAAUUUCCUUGGAGACUGGAAGGGGUUAAACCAGAAGUGCAAUCAAUAGGAAUUAGGGAAUGUUGUGUAUUUAUGUCUGUACGUUUUUUUGUAAGUAAAGUUAGUUGCAACUAAACUUUUUCCAAAGUGCUAUGCAUAUUUUUCAUUAAAGAUGACAUGUAUUUGCACAAAAUUUCUCAGGCAUAUUAAAUUAUUAUAAGCUGAAGUAAAACCCAGGUGCUUGCUUUGAGAUUGUGGUUUUUUUUAAUCGUAAAAUUAAAAUACAUCGUCUUUUUCUUGGUAUCUGUAGAAUUAGAGAAUGAACUUUUUAAUGGGGAAGUCAAAGUUUUUGCUUUUUUUCUGGGAAUCUUUUUUUUUUUUUUUUUUGUACAGAUUCUAUGAAAUGGCGAAGUGAAACUCGGGAAUUCGGUUUCAGCAUUCAUCAGUGUGACACAAGGCUGUGAAUUGGGAAGAAACAGAUCUGUUUUACAAACUGUCGCUAAUCAAGGCCUAUUCCUCAUCAUGACAUGGCUUUCUCUAGGCAGUACAGUUCAGAAAAAAAAAAACAAAAAAACAUUAUAUGAAAGGCAUGAUAGAGAAGAAA